AUGGCCUCAUCAAGUAAAAAUUUGGAACUAUAUGUUGGCGCUGAAGCAUCGUAUGAAGAUAAAUCUGAUAAGGACGAUAUUAUUACACUUGAUAGUACCGUUUGUGUUGUACCAGCUAAUUUACCUCUAGAAGGGACUUUAGAGUAUCCUGUUUUUGAGAGUGGACAAACUGUAUAUGGAAUGCAGUUAACUAGAAAAGAUCCAUGGUAUAGCGGUAAAAUCAAAAAGAUAUAUAAUCAAGAUAAUAUACACAUAGUAUUUCAAACUUGUCGAAAGUUAGUGUCAAAAAAACAAAUUGCAUACUCUACACCAAAUUCAGUAAGAUUUCCGGUGGGUUGCAGAGUAAUUGCUAAGUUUAAGGAUCCUAAUUCUCAAUAUGACAAUGAAUUUUAUGCUGGUAUAGUAGCUGAACCUCCAAAUGCGUUUAAUAAUUUUCGAUACUUGAUUUUUUUUGAUGAUGGUAAUGUUCAAUAUAAACAGCACCGUGAUAUUCGUUUAGUUGCUCAUCGGACAAAUAUACAUGUUGUUUGGGAAGAUGUCGAAGAGAAUUCCCGGGAUUUUAUAAAAAGUUAUUUAGAAAAGUAUCCUGAACGCAAAAUGGUAAAGUUGGUUAAUCAACAUUUCGAACUGGCAGAAUAUCAAUGCCAGUUGCAGAUGGUAAAAGUGCUUGAAGUUGAUGCAUCUUUAGUCAAAUUAUAUUUUAUUAAUUCCCAACAUAGCGAAUGGAUAUAUCGUGGUUCAACACGUUUGUAUAAUAUUUUUAAAAAACAGAUCAAGUCUGAGAGAGGUAAUCGAUUAAGACAAUCUGGUUUAAAAGAACCAUUUGUGAAAUUCACAAAUGUAAAAGAAGAUCCCUCCCGCCUUUUAACUGAUGGAGGAGCUCGUAAAAGUAUCAGCAAGAAUUCAACAACCGCUGGUGAUGGAACUCAAGAAUGUAAUAAAAAUAAGGCCAAUGCUACUAAGGUUGUUGACCUAAUAUUCCCUGAAACCGUUCAUAAUCCAAUUAAAUAUAGCAAACACAAAUGUAAUCCUUUAUGUGUUACAUGGACAUCAUAUAACCAUGAGAGCACUAGGACUAUCAACAUGUUGACUAUUCCGUUACAUUUUGGUUUUAGAAGGUAUCUAACAGAAAUUAAUAAAUAUCAAAAAAAAGUGGAGUACAGAACCCCGUGUGGUGUAACUAUUCAAAACAUAGAACAGAUGCUGGAAUAUCUUAUUGUUACCAAAAGCGCAAUGACUAUUGACCAAUUCAAUUUUGAUAAAUGGGUCAACCCAUUUGCCGAAUAUAAAAUUAUAAAAAGUGUGCAAUUUCUAAAAGAUAUAUCCGAGGGCAAAGAAUUUAGGGCCAUACCAUGUGUAAAUAUUAUUAACAGUACAUUACCACCAAAAAUAGAUUAUAUAACUACUAGACAACCGAUGCAAGGUGUUCACAUAAAUGUAGAGAGUGAGUUCUUAUGUAGAUGUGACUGCACUGACAACUGUCAAGAUAAAUUGAAAUGCGCUUGUUGGCAAAUGACUAUCGAAGGACAGAAGAGUUUCCCUGAUCCUUACAAAGACCCAAAUAUUGGUUACGAUCAUCGAAGAUUAGCCGAACAAGUUGUAACGGGUAUUUAUGAAUGUAAUAAAAAAUGUAAAUGUUCCAGUUCAUGUUUAAAUCGUGUGGUACAGAACCCUUUGUCGCAGAAGUUACAAUUAUUUUUUACUAAAAACAAGGGAUGGGGUGUUCAAUGUUUGAAUGAUAUACCUCAAGGGAGUUUCAUAUGUAAUUAUGUUGGUUAUUUGUUAACUGAAACUGAUGGUAAUGAAGGUGGGAUCAAUUAUGGCGAUGAAUAUUUGGCAGAAUUAGACUAUAUUGAAACUGUUGAAAAAAUAAAAGAAGAUUUUGAAAGUGACAUUCUUUACAGUGACCAUGAAUAUGAAACUGAGGCGAAUCUCUCCGAAUCGUCUGAUGAACAUUUACCUUCUACAUCUGAUGGUAGAAGAUCUGAAAUGUCAUUAAAGAGCAAACGCAAAAAAUCAAAAACAAAAAAAUAUGUUAAACAUAUGCGGGUUUUAUCCAAAUUCAAUACACGCGAUAUGAAAAAAAACCCUAAACCUUCAAAAUCAGUGCGUGAAUACUUUGGAAACAACGAGAGUGCAUAUAUUAUGGAUGCCAAAAUUAGAGGCAAUAUUGGACGUUAUUUCAAUCAUUCGUGUUCUCCAAAUAUAUUUGUCCAAAAUGUAUUCGUGGAUACGCAUGACCUACGGUUCCCAUGGAUAUCGUUAUUUUCACGCCAUUACAUACCAGCUGGGACCGAACUAACUUGGGACUAUAACUAUAAAUUAGGAAGUGUCCCAGGGAAAAAUUUGAAAUGCUAUUGUGGGUCACCAUUUUGUCGAGGGAGAUUACUUUAA